UCAAUAUUUCAAUUAAAUGCCUUAUUUUUUUUCCAAAAACUAUGCCAUCUUCUGUCUCUUUCAUCUGUCAGUCUGCCAUCUGUCUGUGGUCCGUUUGUUUUCGUUCGUAGGGCUUUGGACUGAAAAAAACGCGUUGCUUCUAAAAUUAAGUUGAAAAGAUGUGUGAAGCGAGCGAUUUAGACCGACAAAUUGAGCAGCUGAAGAGAUGUGAAAUAAUAAAGGAAUCAGAAGUGAAGGCUCUAUGUGCCAAAGCUAGGGAAAUUUUAGUGGAAGAAAGCAACGUUCAAAGAGUCGACUCCCCUGUCACAGUAUGUGGAGAUAUUCAUGGACAAUUUUACGAUCUAAAAGAACUUUUCAAAGUUGGUGGAGAUGUGCCGGAAACAAAUUAUUUGUUUAUGGGUGACUUUGUAGACCGUGGUUUUUACAGUGUCGAAACAUUUCUGCUUUUGUUAGCAUUGAAGGUCAGAUAUCCAGAUAGAAUAACACUAAUACGAGGGAACCACGAAUCUAGACAAAUCACCCAAGUAUACGGCUUUUACGAUGAGUGUCUCCGCAAAUAUGGUUCUAUCAUGGUUUGGAGAUACUGUACCGAAAUAUUCGAUUACCUUUCCUUAUCAGCAAUCAUUGAUGGAAAAAUAUUCUGUGUGCAUGGCGGUUUGUCUCCUUCCAUACAGACCCUCGACCAAAUCAGGGUGAUAGAUAGGAAGCAGGAGGUGCCUCACGACGGACCCAUGUGCGAUCUUUUGUGGAGCGACCCCGAAGAUACACAAGGAUGGGGUGUUUCCCCUAGAGGCGCAGGGUACCUGUUUGGUUCCGACGUUGUAGCCCAAUUCAAUGCUGCCAAUGAAAUAGAUAUGAUAUGCAGAGCCCAUCAGCUUGUUAUGGAAGGUUACAAAUGGCAUUUUAAUGAGACUGUGUUAACUGUUUGGUCGGCUCCCAACUACUGCUAUAGAUGCGGGAAUGUAGCUGCCAUCUUAGAGCUUAAUGAAAAUUUACAAAGAGACUUCACAAUAUUUGAGGCUGCGCCUCAGGAAGCUAGGGGACUGCCUUCGAAAACUCCACAAGCGGACUACUUUUUAUAAUGUAAAUUCAUCUACCUAUAGCGUGGUAUCCUACAUUUAUCAACACCAUUUUUUUUUUUACUCGAUGCGUAGCAGAGGAUUGAAUCCGAAUGCUAAAUUCCCAAUUGGAUCGGGGACGAUUGUGUGAUCAUACCAAAUUUCUGGGCAUACUUUUGUUCUACGUCAUAAAUUUCACGUGGUGUUCUUCCUGCUAGUUGCGAAGAUAUUAUAAGGAAAUUUGAACUACGUGUGACAUGAUAUUAAUAUUUAUUUGAUGACUCAAUACAGAAAUUGUGAAAUUUUAUUUACAUUGUAUUUUUUCAUUAAAUAUUCUGAAAAUUUUGUUUCA